AUGAACAGAUUUGCACAGCAGGCAGAGAGCGUAGAGAAGGGGUUGUCGGAGACGGUGAUGAAUGAGUUUAACCCGGAAGUAAUACCGUUAUACAAGGAGUUUGUGUCAGCUGCCACUGUGCAAGCAGUUUCAGACAGUUACAAUGGGAUCAGCCUCAAUGGAAGAAGGCUGUUUAUGAGAAGUGGGCUUGCCUGGGUGAAGCUUCUCCACACAUGUUUCUGGGAGUUCUUCAUUGCAAUUAGCCUCUUUGGUGUUUUGGUUGUCAGCUUGGUAACAGUACCCAAGAUCUUGUUUGCAUGUGGGGUUUGUUCAAUGGUGCUUGGGUUUUGGGGUGUCCUAGGGCUUCUGGGAAUACCCUUCUGUGUGGGGUUUGCACACAUUACGGUUGUGGGGAACUUGGCAAGGGUUUUGUCUGUGUUAGAGAACGAGUGUUAUGGGUUUGCGUCAUUGAUGAAAGCCAAGAGUCUAAUAGAAGGAAGGAGACAAACAGCCCUACUGAUGACUUUGUUUAGCAAUGUGGGCUUGAGACUAGUUGAAUGUCUCUUUGAGUUUAGGAUGUGCAAAGGGAUGAGUCUCUGGGAGGGCCUGAUGUUAGCUUCCAUGUACUCUUUGGUGCUUGUCUUGGACACUGUUAUGAAUGUUGUUUUCUACUAUACAUGUAAAUCACUAAACUUUGAUGUUUGA